AUGAAGGUAUCGACUAACAAAGAGGAAUCCGUUGACAAUGCACUCCCAACUGAAGAAACAGGAGAGGCUGAUGAUGAUGUAGAAAUGAGAACUGCGGUUGUUGAAGAAGUGUCAAGAAAAUCUCAACAGCCAAUAACCUCAAGACCUGGUUGUAAUAAAAAACAAAAGAAAAAUGAGGAUCUCACAACAGAAACCUUGAUGACAGUGCGUGACCAUUUCAAAACACCCAAGGAACAACUUGACCGCUUUGAUCUGUUGGGAAAAACUAUUGCUGUAAAGUUGAGAGGUUUGGAAAAACGCCAGGCUCUCAUUGCGGAGAAAAAGAUAGGUGACAUAUUAUUCGAGGCGGAAAUGGGUUCUCUAAACACAGCGCCAAUAUACCGUUAUGCUGCAUCACCAAGUCAGAGUCCUAAUACUACCCCAUGUCCCACGCCAUCUCCAACAUAUGGACAAGGUUCAUGUACAGCGUUAGCAAGUCAAUCUCCUAAUGUCACUCCAUGUCCCACGCCAUCUCCAACAUACGGCCAAGUGCAAGGUCAGAGCCAAACUACCCCAUUAAGGCACAUGACGGAACAGAAUCCCAGUGAAGGUCUAGAUAUCUACCUUUCUCUCUCUCCCUCCUUCAUUAGCGGCUGCACAAUUCAUCUGACCGAGGUAGCACUACCGUCGCUCUCCGUGUAUAGAAACCAUCCCCGGGUACUCACAGUACUGUCACAGCACGAUAGAGCGAGCUGGAAGCCAGCUGUACUGAGACCUAGAGUACGGGGUUCCAGAACCUACUUCUCUGGAUUAUUGGUCCAAUGCCAGUAUCUGAAUAUAUCAAAAAAUUGUCUUUUCAAAUAUAAGGUCAAAGUCAGCCUUCAACCAUCGAGGCACAAGGCCCAGCAGAAUCGCGGUGAAGGUCAAGUAUAUACCUCUCUCUCCCUCCGUCACAAGCGGCUGCAGGAUUCAGCUGACCGAGGCGGCACUAGCGUAGCUCUCCAUUUCCAGGUACUAUCCUUGGAUACUCACAAUACGCUCACAGCACUCACACGAUGGAGCGAGCCUCCGCACCUGCACUGGGACCUGGGGCUCGGAGUUCCAGAGCCUCCUCUCUGGAUUCGCGCCCGACACGACUGA